AUGCUGCGUGCCGCGCCGGUCCGUGAGAGCGGCGGUGCCAGACUGCUUUUAGGGGCCAAAACCCGUCGGAAAGGCAGAGCGGGCGGUGAGCGGGUGGGUGCUUCAGGCCUAGCGCUGGUGACAGUUCCAUUUGGAACUGGUAUUAUGACAUCAACCGACUCUGAGAGCUUAUCUUGCAGACCCUCAGACCCCGGUGACACACUGGGCAGCUGCGCCUUGGGAGAGCAGAGAAACCCCUGGGCGGACGGAGACCCCGAUCCCGGAGCUGACAAACUCGGACCCUUUGCUUCCAGGUGCCCCAACAAACAGCCUGCCAAGAAGACAACAGCAUGCACCGCAAACUUGGGCCGAGCACGUCCUGGGUUAGAUGCAGAGAAAGAACCGAGAGGUUCUGUGUAUUCUAGAACCUCUGAAAAACCUAAGCCUUUUGGCCGGGAAGAGCUAAUUGUUAACGAUGGAAUUGCCCCACCACGUAAAAUUCUUUUUCCACCUGAGAAAAUCUGCAUGGAUUGGCAACAGCCACUGAAUGUUGGAGCUGGACUGCAGAAUCUGGGCAACACGUGUUACCUUAAUGCUACUCUCCAGUGUUUGACGUACACACCUCCUCUGGCCAAUUACAUGCUGUCUCGUGAACACAGCAAGUCAUGUCACGAAAAAGGCUUCUGUGCGAUGUGUACGUUGGAAGCUCACAUUAACCAGGCCCUGUUUUUCUCUAAUAAUGCUAUCAAUCCUGUAUCUGUCAUCAAUGGCCUUAAAAGUAUAGGAGAGCAUUUCCGUUACGGCAGUCAAGAGGACGCCCACGAAUUCUUGUCCUUCACUGUUGAUGCUCUGCAGAAAGCUUGCUUGAAUGGAAGCACCACAUGGGAUCCAUCUUCUGAAGGCACCACACUUAUUUAUCAAAUAUUUGGAGGAUAUCUAAGAUCCCAAGUAAAAUGCUUGAACUGCCAAGCUGUUUCGGAAAGGCACGAACCAUUCCUCAAUAUUACUUUGGCUAUAGAGACCGUUACAUCUGUCACCAAGGCUCUGGAACAGUUUGUGAAACCUGAACAACUGGGCGGAGAAAACAGCUAUAAGUGUAGCAAGUGCGAAAACAUGGUUCCUGCCUCCAAGAGGUACACAAUACAUCGCUCCUCCAAAGUUCUCAUCCUGUCGCUGAAAAGAUUUGCAGAUUUGACUGGUGCCAAGAUCAACAAGGAUGUAGAAUACCCUGAAUAUUUGGAUCUUCGAGCAUAUAUGUCCCAGUCAACGGGAGAGCCACUCGUGUAUUCUUUAUAUGCAGUUCUUGUUCAUUCUGGUUCCAACUGCAAUUCAGGACACUACAUCUGCUUCAUAAAGGCCGGGAACGGAUUUUGGUAUCAAAUGAAUGAUGCCAUAGUGCGGCGUUCUGAUAUCAAAAAGGUUCUCAAUCAGCAAGCUUAUUUACUUUUUUAUAUCAGGUAAUACCAGCUACGGAAUCUGCGCUACGAUUUGACACUUGGAGAAGGUCGUUUUUACUUACCACCACCAGCAAAUAUACCUGUAGCUGAGUCACCGAAUCCUCAAGAAGUAACCUUGGGGUCCCUGGCCUACAGCCACCUGAACAGGUUGUCAGAGCAAACAAGUGUCCCUGCACCUCAGAAGUCUGAGGGUGAUCGUCUUAUGGAAACCAUAGUGACGGAAACAGUGUUUGCCUGUGAACAUGAGGUGAAGAUAGACGACUCCAAAAAAACUGACAAAGGGCGCUACCAAAGGAAGAGACAAUACUCUGACAUUGAAGAGGAGAAGCAAAGCAGGAGCAAAGUGGAUGAUUGUUCCUGCAAAAGGAGGUGCUCUCGCAGCAUGGAAACAAAUAAGCAGUAUCAUCAUAAGCAGGACUAUUGCAGUGAAGGCAAGUACAGACCUUCCCAUAAUGAAACAAACAGUCCAAAUAAUGGCAAAAGCUCAGGAAAAUACUCUGAUUAUGGAUCCCGAAGCAGAGAAAGAACAGAACAAGACAGGAAUAGGUAUUACCAUUCCAAAGGAGAGAGAACCUGGAGCAGGAAAAGAUACUAUCAAGAUGAAGCACGGAGAUGGGAAAUACGCAGAUAUUACGAGGAUUAUGACUCUUUUCGUAGAACAGGAGAUGGUAGAGAGAGGAAGUCCUCUCAUUUUGAUGAAGACUUUGAAAAAUGGAGUCAAUUCUCGAAAUCACAGAGGGAUGAUCCCUGCAAGAGCAGAUGGGCUGACAACACUCCCUGCAGAGAGGAAGGUGCCCAUCACUUGAGCAGCCACAGAGGAAACCUCCGUCAUUGUUCAGUACCUCAGCAGCAGUCUGAAAAACACUCUCGGGAAGGGCACGCACCUCCACCUGCCUCAGCUCAUGCACAGUUUGACAACUCUCUCUGGGAAAAUGAGAAACUGAGGCUUGGCAAGAGGAAGCAUGGCGACACAGAAGGAAGCGAAAGCGAAGUGGAAAAGAAACGCCUAGAUGAUAAAUAUCAAGAGAAGGAUUACAAACUUCAGGAUUUGGAUGGCCUUGUGUUCCGCAUUGACAAUGACAAUCGCAAACGGAAGAAAAAGAAGAAAAAGAAGAAACACAUCAGGAAACUGAAAGACUUCUCAGAAUAUUUAGAUUCUCGUCUCGAGAAGAUGACACAGGAGGAGAAGAAGAGAGUACCCAUUUUUUCAGGCAACUAUUUACGUGAGCAAUACAGAAACCAGGGCAGUGAAGAAAACUACAAGGACAGGAAGCCUUCUGGGGCAGGUGACAACAAGAAAUACAGCUUCAUCCCAUCCAGUGAGUAUGUGAAAGGUAAAAAGGCAUAGGAUGUUUGCAGGACUCCUUUUUACUGACAGAGACACUUGUUACGCUUGAAACAACCUUUAAAUGCUUUUGUACAGUAGUCCAAGUUGUAGAUGAUGACAUGAGACUUCCAGGCUAGUAAUAUUGUAGUAAAGCAACGUCUUCCCCAAAAUGUCUGCCAGGGUAAUUGAUUUAAAUAAAAUACUAUGUUCAGCUGUUUCACCACAUAGAAACGGAGCUGACUGCUUAUUCAGACGAACCUCAGUUGUUGAUAAUAUUGAACUGUGGUUCCAGAUAUAGCUCAGUCUUCUCCUAAACACAGUUGUUAACCUCCCAGAGGACGCUUUGAAACUUAAGACCUGGAGAGUAUGUUAAAUUCCUGCCACUGGUUUAGUUCCUUCUGAUUGUUUUCUGUUAGCAUAGUCUUAAAAAUAUAGAGAAGCGGCCUGAGGGAAAACUCUUUUGUAAUCGGAAGAAAUUCAUCUACUCUAGAUCUGGUUUGGCUUUAGUGAAUGCUUUUGCUCGCAGGUGGCCAACUCUGGUUAUUUCUAAACCAGUCAAAAGUAUAGGAAGAAGUUAAAUGCCUUGCACCCCACCAUACAGGUCAGGGGCAUUAAGAUUAGUGCGCUGUCUGUGUAGGCGUAAGAGAUGUUAACUGAUAAACACAGUGAUAGAACCCCACUUUGAUCCACUGGUUGCAACACAAGUGGGAUAUGAGGGCUGUGAAAAGCAAUUUGUUAAGUCUGGAAAAUCUGAGUAUUUCCUCAAGUCCAUAGAUGUUCAUGACCUUCCUCUUGUGGAGUGUCCGUCUUUAGAAAUGUUAAAUAAAUGUGUGUCAAGUAGGAAUUCCUGGAUAAUGGAAUCUCUCUCAAAAAAGGCCACCGCAGCAGUGUGUUUUUAAAGAGCCUGGAACCUCUCAAACAGGCUAGGGACAGACAACAGCUAAGAAGGAAUUGUUAGGUUGUGCCUUUUCACCAGGACUCCCCAGUAAAUUAAUAAGGAUGGAAAGGGCAUGUGAUAAUGUGUAAUUUAAGGAAAAUGGAGGUGAGAUAGGAGAAGGAGCAGCUUUAAAGGAGUUGCUUUCCUGCAUUCCUACAAAUUCUCUCCAGCAAGUUUCUACAGGCUUCUGAAGGUUUAGUGCGUGAGAUUUGGUGAGCUUGAACACAAGACUGUUGGUAAAACAAGGAUACUGUCUAGACAAAACCUCACCUAAAUUUACCUAAGUACCACUUGCUAUGAAAGGAGGUAGCUUUGUCCUAAUACUGUGUACAGUUUCCUCACCUUAGCAUAGAUCCAAAAUGCAGUCAGUUUGGAUGUGGGGAAGCCACUGUCUCGAGUGUGUCGGAUCCUGUAGUCACAGAGCAGACGGAGCUGUGUGCAGGCUUGAGACCUCUUUCAGAAACCCAACCACUGAGACACGGUUUGAUGUUGAACAUCAUGGCAGGGAGUGACAUUGCUUUCUUUUAUCUUUCAGAUGCAAAGCUACUGAUGGAAGCCUUCAAUACCCAACCUAAACCUACCAACAAAACCAGCUACUUCCCACCCUCAAUCCUGACUUCUUACCUUCAAAACCAUCGACUCUUUACCUUCAAAAACUAUGACUCUUUACAUGGAACUCGACAUCACCAAUAUUGACCAUCAAAACUUAGAAUUUAUUAUUAAAACAUUUACCAUCAAGACAAAAUCCAAUCAUAAGUGGUGCUUAACAUUUCUGUACAGAAUUUUACCAUGAAGGACUUUGUUCUAGCUUUGAACUUGAGACUUUGUUUUUUAAGACAUACUUCUAAUCCAAAAGGGUGGAAACUUCUUAAAACUGCUGAACAUUGUAAAUUACCAUAUUAACAUCUCACAAGUGUGAGAUAAGGCCCUGGAAUAGACCAUCUCAAAUGCUGCUUAUUACAGACUCAGGUUGACUUUAUGUUAUUCAUAUUGUGUUACUCCAAGUUAGACAUCUGGUGCAAGAGCAACCAGGGAUUACAAAAAUUGCAACUGACAGUCUGUAUAUUUAAUUUAAAGACUUAUUUAAUAUUUCACAGGUAGAAUUUUUUGCAAGAGCUUCAUCUUCUUUCCUGUUCUUUCGGACACUAGGAACUAAUGUACUUCACAUACGAGUUAUAGUCAAGAUCUGGAAGGAAAUCAUCUGGUUCUCAGCAUUGUGAAACAACAGAUAUGCAGUUUUGAAUGUAUUUCUCAAGAUGAUCACUGAUUUUCUUCCAUAUGUUUUAACCACAUUUUCUUAAUAUACUCUCACUUGUCUGAAGUCUCAGUUGGCUGGUUUUGUCUCUCUGAAGUGGCUAGCUAAAGACAAAUUCAUACUGUGAUUUUAAUUUUUAUUAUUAAAUGCUAUCAAACUGUGAUGCACUUAUUAUUCACUGGUCCUGCAUCAGGAGAUGAGUGGGGAACCUGUAUUAAAUACAGUUCAUCUGAAUAAUCUGUCUGGUUUAUACAAGCUGUGUUGUUCAGAGAUGUUUAAAGUUUGAUCUUUGUUUUUUUUAAAGAUAAAAAGCACUUGCCCCACUGUAAAUAUAUAGCAUGUAAAAUUUAUAUAGUAUAUAAAUACAGCAAAGUUAAAAUGGCUUUUUACUGGAGUUUUACUGGAGUUAUUUAACAUGCAGUAUGUCAUGUGAAUUGACAGCUUUCAGAGUGUGUUUGAUGCUCAAGAAAUCAGAUCUUCCGUUCAGUGGUGGGGGAGAUGAUGCUGUCGCUGUGACCCAGAGAAGAUCAGUAACUUGGGAUUUCAUCUGCCUAAACAAGAAUGCAGAAGGCUUUCUCCUUUGGUGUUAAAAGCUUCCACCACCAGGCAGCAAGCUGGGAGCUCAUCAGUAGCUUUUUACCGUGUGUGACACUAAAUCAAAAUCCAAAGGAGCAAGGUUAAUGUUUCAGUAAAUACUUAAAGAAAUAUUUUGGUACAUGGAAAACCCCAUAAAGCCAAUCUAUAAGUGUACCCUGCAUAAUGUUCCUAUGGCAACAGUUCUGUGAAGUUACAUAAAGUAACAUGACAAAGAAACCACA